AUGGCGUCAAUAGCGAACAAAGUCAAGGCUGGCAAGCCAAUUGUGCAAGAUUAUUUUGCGAGUCACAAGAUUGGCGUAGUGGUCUCGGCAGGGAAGAUGUCAAAGGCAGUAAAAGUGCGAGUCGCUGAACAAGAAUGGAACAAGAAGUUUAGAAAACAUUUUCCUGCGCCCAAAAACUACCUUGUCCGCGAUCCCAACAACUCCCUUGUCGAAGGCGACGUCGUCCGCAUAGCAUCAGGUCAUCGCACCUCCACAGCCAUCCACCAUGUCGUAACCUCGAUUGUUGCGCCCUUUGGCGAGCCCGUCGAGAACCGCCCACCAGUCCUCACCGAAGCCCAAUUAGACGAGCAGCGCAUCAAGGACCGGUUAUUGAAGGAUGUGAGGAGCGCCGCGCGGGGAAGGCAGAUCAGUGUGCAGAGAUUGGCACAGGCAAGGAAGCAAGGAUAUCGGAUACCGACGCUGGAAGAAGCCAUGGAGCGCAUGAAGGUGCAUACAGCGAAUGAAAAGGCGAGGCUAGAAGCGCAUGGUGGACAGGCUGGACAGCAAAAGACGGCAAAGGAGAGGAGAGUCGAGGCGGGGAAGAAGACCAAGGAAGAGGUCAAGGCCGAAAACAAAGUAAAAGAUGCCAAGAAGCAGACUGUAUAG